UGAAAGUCCGACAUUUCCCGAGCUUCAGGCAUAGUAUUUCACUGAUCAUGUAUUUCACACCCCAAUGUCCGAGUCCGUUCUUCGGCUCCACACUGAAUUUGAUGCUUCGCCAUCAGAUCUGUGGAUAUGUGAUUCGGAAUGCCAAGAAAUUAUCGACCAACUUGAUCGCAUGGCUGAUAAGUUACAGCGCUGAACAUAGGGAUGUGCCCCUGUCCACAGUUGUUUAUUCAGCACCUAUUUCCCCCCACCAUACAACUGGUUUCGUGCAAAAUGUAUCCGAUGAUUGCAACGACCUCCGGAAGUGCCGAACGAUGUGGGGCAUCGUCUAUAGCUGCCUCCUUACCAUCUUUGCUUGCAUUUGGACGGUGGUGCACCCAGAUCUACCAAGGCGCGGUGGUGGUAGCUGGUCGCGCGUUGGCUUGAUGAUGAUUUCACUGGUUUCACCGGAGGCCAUUCUGGCAUUUGCGUGUCAUCAAUCCUUGUUGUCUUGGAGAAUAUCCAAAAAAUGCAAGAUGGUCGAAGGGUGGACUUCGACGCAUUCAUACUUUGUUGUCAUGGAUGGUUUCUUCGACUCGUCAAAAGGAAGAGCAGUGGACCUGAACGACUUGCAGGGAUACCCUGGGAUAAUUGAGAAGACAGGGAAUACCAGAAAGGCCGCAAUAACAAAGAAGGAAAUUCUUGACAGAAGCAAAGGCGACGGGUUUUGCAAAUUUCUCAUUGUCCUUCAACUGCUAUGGUUCAUCACUCAAUAUGUUGGACGAUGGGCGGGCCAUUUGCACAGAUCGCAACUCGAGACAAUGACACUUGCGUAUGCAGCAUUAAAUGUCUUUGUUUAUGCGUUGUGGUGGCAUAAACCCGUUAACAUUCAAUUCCCAAUCCAUGUAACGCAAGAGUUCGCCCCUCCGACCUCCGAGACAAAUGUCGGCCAGCCAACACUCAAAACGGAGACUGGCGCAGAUCCGAUGUCCCUCGUGCAGGUGUCUAAGCCCGAGUUUAUGGAACUCUUGUUCAUAUUUGCAGCCACUGGGACGAUCUUUGGGGGAAUCCAUUGCCUUGGAUGGUCGUUUCCCUUUCCGACACGCAGGGAGAUGAUCCUAUGGCGGGUUUCAGCGAUAUCUAUCACAGUGGCUCCAAUCUUUCUAUUUUUGUUCGUGUGGUUUGCGAAUCAUGCUAAUGAGCUGAUUGGUAGCGGUAUAGUAGCAUUUAUUCCCUUUGUUUACGCUGUUGCACGGGUCAUCCUGGUUGUUCUCACCUUCAGUUCUUUGCGUUCACCUCCGCCUGAUCUAUACCAGACCCCGUCUUGGUCGUCAUUCCUCCCGCAUUUUGGGUAGCUAGCUGUAUGUACUACCGUGCUUCAGGUUUAAAUUGUGGUUUAUCACAGGGCAGCC